AUGGUACUGAAAAAGAAAGCAGGAUCUGGUAUGCCAGUCGUAACCGUAAAGUGGAACAAACCCCAAAAAUUGAAAUAUCUUUUACCAGCGCUGCUUCCCCUUGGAGAUAAAUCUCCAUUACGGUUCCUCGGUGGUGCAGGAAGCGCGGCCAGCACAUCAAGUGAUCCGCUUGCCUUCCCCACGUACGCGAAGAACACACGGAGGCAUACAGCUGCAAAGAUGUUGUAUUAG